UGAUCCGCUGGCAACAGCCACCACCAUCAUUCACUUCCAGUCCUCAGCCUUCACUCUCAAUGGCUGCCACUAGUGGGGGUAGACAAGAACCAGAGCAAGAGAUGGACCUCGUAGUUCCUUCUAAAAGUCCUACCCUUGCCAUUGCUAAGUUUAGAUAUGUUCCACGAAGACAAGACGAACUCUUGCUUGAGAAAGUGGCUGGUGGCUGGUGGAGAGGUAGAAAAGAGCAUAAUAUCGGCUGGUUCCCUUUUAACUACGUUGAGACUGGGAGACCUUCCAGAGACCCAGUUGAUAAACCAGUUAGUAUAUGUGGAGUAGUUGCACUGCACAGUUUCAAUUCAGGGCACCCAGAGGAACUAUCGUUCAAUAAAGGAGAUCGAAUGGAUAUAAUAGACCAACCUGCUGAUGAUCCUGACUGGUGGAAGGCUCGUAAACCUGAUGGUGUCACUGGUCUGAUACCUGGUAAUUAUGUUAAAGUAAUUGAAGACACUGCUCCUGUGUCUGGGGAUAAUUAUUAUUUUAACAACAUUAAUUCAGCUAAAGGGCUGAAGAUUUACUUUCCUUGGAGUGUCACUUCGGAGUUCAUGAUGAUGCGAUUAAAGUUAUGGGAAACAUUCUUCAAAGUUGAAUCAAUCAUGAAGAAAAACCCUCAACCUCCAUCCCUUGAUAAUAUCAAACAUGUAUUAAGUGCAUAUUACUCAAAAUUAAAAGUAGUUAAGUCAAAAGUGGCUCAAUGUCAAGAUAUACAUGAGAUUUUACGAUUAGUACGUGAUAAUAGCCCUCUUGAUGACAUUAGUGGUCUGGGGUUUUUUAUAAGUGAGUUCAGUAUAGAGGAGGCUAAGGUAGUUAUUCAGGAAUAUAAGGAAGCUGUUGAGAAGUUUAAAGAAGAAAAACUUAAAUUGUAUUUGGAAAAACAGUUAUCGCUACUUAAGUACGAAAGGAUCACCAUUGUCAUUGAUAAAGAUGCUAAUGAUUUUGUACUUAAUGAUGUACAAAGACUAUCAUCAGCUGUAUUACCCCAUCAUGUCAGAAUAAAUUUAAAUGUCAUUAGAGGUGUUGGUGACGAUGAUAUGUGGGGAGUUAGAAAACAAAAAUCAUUCACUGGUACUUUUGAUGACCCUACUGUACAAAGUAAAGAUAUGUUUGUAACUGAAAUACCAGCAGGAACAACAGAAUCAGUGAGCCAUUCUUACCAGGAGGAGGAAGACAGAAAGGAUAAGGAUCAAGUUAUGUUGCUACAGGAGAUUCAAAAGCCACUGGAAGAAGAAAAGGAACUCCAUGAAAAAAAGAAACAAUUUCCUGAACAAGUUAUAAAGAAAUACGAAGAGAGAACAGCAACACUUACUGAACAACAGGAGGAAGUUACUGGAGACUUGAAACACAAGACAGAACAAUAUGAAGAAUUAAUAUCAGAAUUGAAGAAUGAAAUACAAAAGGUUAAAAAUGAAAGCGAAACAUUUCAAAAACAAAGGAAAGCAUUGAUACUGGAGAAUGAAAGAUUAAUGUCAUUAUUAAUAAUUAAAGAUCAUAAUGGUAUACUUAUUAUUAUUGAUUAUUAA